AUGCAGCCAGUCCGUGCGUUCCGGCCGACCCGUCACUGCCAGAAGUUCCUUUCUAGCUUCUCUCCUGCGCAGGCCUGUCAUUCCAGUCCGGACAAAGACACUAUCAAACCUCAGAAUGGACCCUGUCGCUCAACAACUGUCUCAGCCACGGCAAACAAGCAGCCACUAUCACCGUGGCAGCUCAGCUUUUGGAAAUGCCGCCAUACAUGGAAACGCGCAGGGAUCAACACGCUACGCUGCCUGGUCGGCUGUACGCUAGGUGACUUCUCCGCGCUAUGGAUGCUUCAGACGUUCUACCCAGGGCUAGGGAUGGGAACUAUCAUGGCCGCGUCUAUGGCGUCUGGAAUCAGCACAUCGAUUGUUCUGGAAACGGUCCUCCUCCGGCGCGGAGCCGACCAGCUCUCCUGGCCGAUGGCACUUCGCACUGCGAUGGGGAUGAGUAUGGUGUCCAUGGUCGCAAUGGAGGCGGCAGAGAAUGUUGUUGACUAUCACCUUACUGGCGGCGUCGUGGCUUUGGGUGACCCGAGUUUUUGGAUGGCAGCUGCUGUCUCCAUGACCGCUGGCUAUCUGGCUCCAUUGCCGUAUAAUUACCUGCGGCUGAAGAAAUAUGGGAAGGCCUGUCACUGA